AUGUACGAGCUCCCGCCGCAAUUGGACGUUGAAGUUGGCGUGUCAGACACGGCCCCACUGACCCGCAGCGAGGAUGGUGACGUCGACGAAAUGGGGUCAGACGCGUCUGCUGCGCUAGCAUACGCACGGAAGCUGAAUCUGCAGCGUCCAGUCGCCGCGAUCUCGGCGCUCGGAGCGCUCUUGCUCCUCUUUGGCGGCAGCUUCCGUCCCAUCUUUCUCGUGUUUACUAUCUGUGGCUACGGUGCUGUGUUUUCCUUGUAUCUGUCGCACUGGGUGUUGUCGAAAGACUCGGGAACUCUUGAGAUGAAAGAAGUGGCGACGCCGAUCCGGCAAGGAGCGGAAGGGUUCUUGAAGAUUCAGUAUACGGCGAUUGCCCGGAUUGCAGUGGCUAUUGCUGGCUUGAUCUUUCUCAGCUAUACACUGCGUCCAAGCAGUGCUUUGAGCUCUGGCGUGGAGACGCUGGGCAAUUUCACACUGGGGCUUGUCUCGUCCGUGGCAUUUCUCUUUGGAGCUCUGUGCUCGGCUGCUGCGGGCUACGUGAGCAUGUGGGUCUCGGCCAGAUCGAACAUUCGAGUGGCAAGUGCUGCUCGUCGAUCGUAUGGGGAAGCACUGCUCGUGUGUUUCCGUGGUGGAGCCUUUUCAGCGGUGCUGGACAUUACGCUCUGUGUAGGUGGCGUGACUUUGCUGUAUGUGAUGCUUUACGUGAUGUUUGGGUCGCUGCUACGGCCGACAGAGGUGCCGUUGUUGAUGGUGGGCUAUGGCUUUGGUGCAUCAUUCGUGGCGCUGUUUAUGCAGCUGGGUGGAGGAAUUUACACGAAAGCAGCGGAUGUAGGAGCAGACUUGGUUGGCAAAAUCGAAGCGGGGAUCCCGGAAGAUGAUGCACGCAACCCGGCAGUGAUUGCUGAUCUGGUGGGAGAUAUGGUGGGCGAUUGCGUCGGCAGCAGUGCAGAUGUAUUUGAGUCCGUAGCUGCUGAGAUCAUUGGCGCAAUGAUCUUAGGAGGCACGCUGGCACGUGAAGCGCAGCUUCCGUACCCUGUCGCUUUCGUCUUCUUCCCGGUCGUUGUGCAUGCCUUUGAUAUUGUCGUUAGCAGUGCCGGUAUACUGAUGGUACAAGCACCCUCGGACGUCGAAGCUUCGCGUGCCGAUCACAAUCCGAUGGCGACGUUACAGGCGGGUUACAAUGUGUCCCUUGCGCUCGCACUAGCUGGUUUUGGCUUUACAACGCGGUGGCUGCUCUACACACCCGAGUGCCCUACGGCAUGGAUUAAUUUCUUCCUCUGCGGUGUUGUCGGCAUGCUCACGGCCUACGUGUUUGUCAAGUCAACGCAGUAUUAUACCGACUAUGCUUACCCGCCAGUGCGUAGUAUUGCGAAGGCUAGCACCACUGGUCAUGGCACCAAUAUCAUUACUGGUGUGGCUGUCGGUAUGAAGUCUACUGUUGUGCCGACUCUCAUGGUUUGCGUCGCUGUCAUUUCCGCCUACCACUUAGGUGCCAGCUCGGGUAUUGGUGGUCAGGGGAACCGUCACGCUGGACUGUUCGGAACUGCUGUGGCAACCAUGGGUAUGCUUUCGUCGGCGGUGUUUGUGCUGGCUAUGAACAAUUACGGUCCAAUUGCCGAUAACGCUGGAGGUAUUGCCGAGAUGAGCCGUCAGCCGGACUACGUGCGCGAUGCUACGGAUAAGUUGGACGCUGCUGGCAAUGUCACGAAAGCGAUUACCAAGGGAUACUCGAUUGGCUCUGCUGCUCUAGCGUGUUUCGUGUUGUUCGGUGCUUUUAUGGAUGAGUUCUCGGAGUUUGCUGGACGCGAGUUUAAGACAGUGGAUAUUGCUACAGUCGAGGUUCUGGUUGGCGGUCUGCUCGGUACGAUGAUGGUGUUCUUCUUCACCGGUCUAGCUGUUGCGGCUGUGGGUGAGACUGCUGGAGAGGUGGUGAAUGAAGUGCGACACCAGUUUGAGAUCCAUCCGGGUAUCAUGGAGUACAAAGAGAAGCCCGACUACCGCGCAUGUGUCGCACUUGUCACCAAAGCUGCUCUAAAGCAGAUGCGCUUGCCUGGCCUGCUGGCUGUACUCAUGCCCAUCGCUGUAGGAGUUGUUUUCCGUGCGAUUGGUGAGUAUCAAGGUAAGCCACUGCUCGGGGCUGAGGUUCUCGCUGGUUACCUCAUGUUCGGCACGGUGACGGGCAUUAUGAUGGCUCUGUUCCUCGAUAACGUGGGUGGUGCGUGGGACAAUGCAAAGAAGUAUGUCGAGCUUGGGAACUUCGGAGGCAAGGGCAGUGAUGCCCACAAAGCUGCUGUCACUGGCGACACGGUGGGUGAUCCGUUCAAGGACACAGCUGGUCCGGCACUGCAUGUUGUUAUUAAGCUGUUGUCGACGACGGUGCUAGUGUUUGGCCCGCUCUUCGUUUCGCGAGAGUAG